AUGAAUAUGGAGAAAGCUUUCUAUCUAAAUGGGAAACCAUUAAUUAAACCUCAAUUGUCAAAUGAUGAAUAAUUAAAUGAAAGACUUGAUAGAACUGGAUACAAGAUUGACGAUUUAAAUAGAUUGAAUGAAAAGCCUGUUUUACAAAUAGUACUUAUUCAAUUUAUUGAUUAGAUAGAUCUUGAUGGUCUUACAUCAAGUUAUUUGAAUAACAAUCCUUUAUUUUAAAUAUUGAAAUCAUAAAUUAUGAAUUGGAAUGAAAAAGUAACACUUCAUAGAGCUGAACAAAUCAAAUUAUCAAAUCCUUUAGUUUCUGAUAAUCUUUAUCGUCAACUUAAAAAUUCGCUAUUAGAAAUAGUUAGUACAAGGAAUAAAAUAUAACAAAAAGAUUUCCUUACCAAAGUAUCAAACUGGUUCUUCUCUUAAUUACCAAAAUCUUAGACCGCUUCAUUAAAAUAAUCUCUCCUAGAUAAAAAAGAUUCAGUAAUUCAUUUAUUAUAUAAUUAGACUCUUCAUUUUAUUCCUAAUACAUACAAUGAAGAUUAAUAUACCUCUGGUAUUGAAGAUUAUGUUCUUAAACAGAGGAUUUUUAAAGUAAAUAAGCUGAUCUUGAAAAAUAAAAAUUAAUUCAUAAAGACUACCAGGUGA